GCAUUUGAACGGCUGAGCUGCACGAUUCAACUGCUGUUGGCCCGAUAUCGUCUGCGAUCCUUCACCGCGCAAUGCCUGCACAGGCGCCGCAGAUAAUAGCUCGCAAGGCCAACGGGGCAGCCGGCUCUGGGCAACAGGCAGCCGGCGAGCCAGCCAAGGAAAAGUCAGGCAAACGAUCUGGCCAUGGCCGCUCAAGACGGGGACGUGGAAGAGGCGACAAGAGAGGAGAAAAGAAGAAGGACGAGGCUGCCAAACCACGAGCUCCUAAACCAAAGCCCGUACUCGAUGGCUGCAAGGUUGUAGUCAGACGAAUCCCACCUUCCAUGACCGAGGCAGAAUUCAACACCAUCUUGGGCGAACCGUGGCAAGUUGGCCAGGGCAAGGUAGACUGGUUUUCUUACGCCAAGGGCAAGAUCCCUUCCGACACGGCAAAGAAUGCACGACCUGGAAGAGCAUACAUUCAUCUUAUUAAGAAGGAAGACGCCAUCAUCCUCGACGAAGCUGUCCGAGCCGCCACCUGGGAGGAUGCAAAAGGAUCUUUUACCAACUCGUGCCUUGUUGGCCCUCCUAUCCUCGAACACUCCAUCUACAAGAAAGUACCGCUCAACAAGAAACGUGGUGAUUCGCGACAGGGAACCAUCGACCAAGACCCCGAAUUCAUGGCCUUUUUAGAAGAGCUCGCCAACCCGCCCGGUCCCAAUGCCAAUGGUGAGGCCGACGAUGCCGAUGUUAAUCAAAAAGUUACGACUACGCCGCUUGUCGAAUUUCUUAAGGAGAAAAAGGCAGCCAAGAGUAAGGAAGCUGCUAAUAAGAAGCGCGAGGCUAAGAACAAGACCGCUGCCGCCAAGGACGACGAGAGCUCGAAGAAGCGAUCCAAAGAUGGAAAGGAAGCAAAGGGCGACAAGGCAGACAAGGCAACCAAAGAGCCCGUCAAGAUUCUCUCUAAAAAGGCUGCUAAUGCUGCUGCCUCGUCUAGUGUUGACAAUGGAAAGAAGGCUACUGCGAAAAAUGUGCCUGAAGCUACUACUACAUCUACGACUGAGGACGCACCCAAGAGCCGUCGCGCUGGCAUCGCCGCUGCUGCCAAGAUUCUUCAACGUGAACAAGGCUUGAGUCCUGGAACAGCGCAUCGCAAAGCAAGACAGGAAGCAUCAAAGCCAGAGGCUACUGCGGCCAAGUCCAGUGGCGGCGGAAAGGAAAAAGCUGGUGCUGAUGGAACUGCUGGCACCGAAGCUGAAGCCACGGACGCCAACAAGUCUCGCCCUUCCACACCGACCGGCAAACAACAAAACACCCGCAAGCGUGGAGGCAAGGGUGCAGAGAAGAAGGCUGCCGCUGAGACACCUGCCCCAGUCCCUACCAUCUUGAAGCCACCAACCAUCCUGAAGAAGAAGCCCGAGGAGGCCAAGCCAGCCACUGAUGCCGCGGCCCCUGCUACCCCAUCUGCCACUCCGGCACCAACGAAUGUUAAACCCGCCGCCCAGGCAAAUGCGAAGUCCGGAGCUAAAUCUGGCUCUGGCAAGAAGCAGACCACCAUUAUACAAGAUGGAACCCGAGGAUUCGUGCGUCAUGUCAACAGUUCUCAGGGAAUCACCGAUGCUACGCUCCGAGAAGCAUUAUCUGCUUUCGGCACUGUGACAGCCGUUGAUGUCGACAAGCGCAAGGCAUUCGCCUACGUUGACUUCUCUGAUGCUGACGCAUUGACCAAGGCCAUUGCUGCCAGCCCCAUCACUGUGGCUCAAGGCUCCGUUAGUGUUAUGGAGCGUAAAGAGAAGAAGCCAACACCAGCACCAGCCAGCUCAGGAGCCGCAGCCGGUGAUAAGAAGGAUGAUAAGGAUAAAGAAAAGGAAAAGCCUGCUGGACGAGGUCGCCGAGGCCGUGGUGGAGGUGGCGGCGGCGGAAAGGCUUCCGCAGCAGCAAGUGCCGCACCCGCACCAGCUAGUGAUGGUAACGCCGCAGCUCCGGCUCCUACCCCAGCACCCGCGGAUGGCUCUGGUUGAAACUAGGCGGGACUGCAUAUAAUUGCAUUUUAAGCCGAUCUAUUGAAAGACCACCAAGCUGUGCCUGCUGCAUUGCGCUGACUGAGGCGUAUUCCGCGGGACGUCUAACAAACGCAAGCUGCGCAAGUAGUCCCUUACAGUCGCCCACGCGUGCAGCGAAAGCUGUGUGCCUUGUGCAACUAGAGAAGAAGAGUCCACCCCAGUAUUAUCAUUUAUGAUAUAUGUACCUUGUCUGAAGAGUCGGGUGACUCAGGUGACGGUACUUGAGAUGGACUUCAGGUCCAGCCCUACGGCGUCACGACGGAGAAGAGUGGUCUAGACGAAGACGGAACAUAUAUAAAGGAGAAAAAUACAAAACCUUUGUUUUUAUUGCGCAACGCUGUUCGUAACUGUGUCCUCGAGAGACGGCUAUAGAUAUCUACAAUACAAAUUCAUUACUUCUUCAUUUUGAUCUGCACACAUGGCAACUGUCUGCUCAGCUUAACCACGCAAUGGGAUAACACCAUCCAGCUUGGAGACACUUUCGCCCCAAACAGGCCCAGGCAAGACUCGCAGGGCAACCAAGGCAGCGUAGACUACCAUAGCAAACAGUAUGCCUGCGACAAAGGAGAACUUUUCUGACUUGAUACGGGCCACUCUGGCCUUGGCGUCGCCGAACCAGAGCACCUCUUUGAAAUGGCGUCGCGAGGUACGCAGCCCUGGGAGCCCAUCAAUGCUCCAAGCGUUGUCUCUGCGGUGAAUAUUGCCCUUAUUCGUAGCGACGUAUUUGCUAGCAGAUAGAUCGAGAGUAGGCCUCAUCUCAAAGACACAGCGCUCAUCAAGCUUACCGUUCUCGUGCAGUGGCUCAAACUGCUCCCGGAGAAGCUCCUCGUCAAACAUGGGAUGACCAGCCUCCGUCCUGCCAUUGUUCUCUGCGUCGGCAUAGAUACCCUUCUUGAUCAUAGGUACACCGUAGCCACAGCUCGUCUGGACCUGCCAGACCUUGCAGAUUAUGACGGCGCGGGCAGCAUCGAAUUCCUCGCGCUUGCCACCAGCGACUUUUUGGAGCAGGGCCGGGAAUCGGGGAUUGUCAAACUCGACGACCUCGGAGCGGCAAAAGAGGCGCAGGAUGCGCGGGGCCGGGCCGAAGCUGAUGAAGAGCAGGCAGAGGCGGCCGUUGUCGUAGCUGUGGGCAAUGGUCUCGCAGCCGGAGCCGAUGCGGUCAAUGUAGGCGCACUCGUUGGGGUUGAAGAUGGCAAAGUGGGAUUCGCAGAGGCCCUUGGGCGAGACGUUGACGCGGCGGCCGUGGGUGGCUGCAGAGCCUGUGAAGAAGACGGGUUGGCAUUUGGCCCAAGCGGCGAUGUUGUCGGGGAUGCUGUCGUAGAGCUUCAUGGUGUUUGCGUUGUGUGCUGUUGCUGCUACUGGUACCAGGUGAUCUUGGUGAUGAUUAUGAGUUGUUGGUAUAGCUGGUGCUGCAAAUUAUUAUUAUGAUGGAGAUAUAUCUUUUGAUGGAUAUGACACAAUAUUGGCGAUGGCCUUUGUUGGAAAAGGAAGAAGAAAUGGAAAAAGAAUAAGUAACACGAAAUACGGCUGGCGAUGGUGUUGUCGUGGUUGCGCCGGCCAUCGGCCUCCAAAUUCCAGCGGCUGCCACGCCCUGCCGUGUCAUUGCCGGUUGGCACUGAGGAGCACUGUAA